GCUCCAUGGCGGCCAAGUGGUUCAAGGAGUUCCCAUCCAACCUGAAGACGGUUUCAGAGAGGGCUCGGCCGGGGAGCGGGAGCCUCGGGAAGAGCCGCAAGAAUUCAACUGCUGAGCUGGGGGGCUACCGGCCGGCUGGGGGUGGCAAGGAAGGGGGCAGCCGGCUGUCACGGGACAACCUGCAGGGUCUGCUCCAGGCUGCUACCGGGAAGAUGCGGAAGAAUUCCCGAGUGGAGGGAGGCACACCGGAGGGACCCUCCAAAACCUACAUCAACCGCCUCAUCAAGGUGGAGGCUUCUGAGAAGAACGGGAAGGGGCACCCUGGACCCCUGCCUGCCGGCCUGCCUGCCCCCGAGCAGGACAAGGGGAAGCCCCCCAAGACAGAGACGGUUAUCAUCCUGGAGGAUUACGCAGACCCUUACGAUGCCAAACGCACCAAGGGGCAGCGGGAUGCUGAGCGCCUGGGGGAGAACGAUGGGUACAUGGAGCCCUACGAUGCCCAGCAGAUGAUCACAGAAAUCCGUCGUCGUGGCUCCAAGGAUCCCCUGGUCAAAGCCAUCCUGCUGCUGGACAGUCCUGGAGAGCCUGGGGAGGGGGGUGCCAAGCUGGAGCUUGCCAAGCGGCUGGGGGGCAAGGAGGUGGCAGGGAAGGGGCCACAGCUCUAUGACACCCCCUAUGAGCCUGGGGAGGGGGUGGCCGGGGGGACCCCAGAGCGCAGGGCGAGGGCUGGUGAUGGGCGCCUGCCCGAGAACGACGAGCGCCCGGCGGGGGAGUAUGAGCAGCCCUGGGAGUGGAAGAAGGAGCAGAUUGUCAAAGCACUGUCAGUCCAGUUUGAGGGCUCGGAGCGUCCUAAGGAGGAGACGCUGCGGCAGCAUCUCCGCCAGAAGAGCUGGACCCCCAAGAUGCUGAAGCCGGCGGGCACCGAGCACAGCGAGGGGGAGCGGGUGGACCCCGCCCUGGCGCUGGAGAAACAGCCCUGGUACCACGGGGCCAUCACGCGGGCGGAGGCGGAGAGCCGGCUGCAGCCGUGCCGGGAGGCCGGCUACCUGGUGCGCACCAGCGAGACCGGCAGCGGCAAGUACUCCAUCGCGCUCAAGACCAGCCAGGGCUGCGUCCACAUCAUCGUGGCCCAGACCAAGGACAACAAGUACACGCUCAGCCAGGCCAGCGGCGUCUUCGCCAGCAUCCCUGAGGUCGUGCACUACUACUCCACUGAGAAGCUGCCCUUCAAGGGGGCUGAGCACAUGGCCCUGCUGCACCCCGUCCACUGCAAGCUGCAUUAGCAUCGGCUGAUGCCGCCCCCGAGUGCUCUGCGACCCCCAGCCCGUGGCACGAGACAGCGACGGGCAUGCACCACGGCAAGGGUCCAGUGAGAGAAGCCCUGUCAUGUCUCCAGUCCUGAAGGGACCCCACUCCUGGACUCCAGCAGGGCUGUCCCCCUUUUGCUGGGACAAGUCCUGACCACCCUGUGCCAGAAGCGACUUGUCAUGGGGGCUGCCCACGUGCCCGAGUUGGGGGCAUGCAGCGAGACUGGGACGUGUAAUGAUAGAGUUAAAUAAACUUGUUGGCUGAGA